AUGGCGCAAGUGCAAAACCACGGCCAUGCCACGUCGGCGGAGAUGGUGGUAGAUCAUGAUCAGGAGGAGGUGUUGAGAAGGAGGAACGAGGAACUGGAGAGAGAAUUGAAGAGGAGCAUGGAAAGAGAGGAGAAGAUGAAGAUGGAGUUGCAGAAGAUCUGGGAGAGGCUGCGGGUGGCUGAGGAUGCGGAGGAGCGCCUUUGCUCGCAGCUUGGUGAGCUUGAAGCGGAGGCCAUGGAUCAGGCACGUGAUUACAGAGAGCGUAUUAUCACGUUAAUGGAACAGCUGUCGGCAGCUCAGAAGCUUAUACAAUCGGCUUCACUUCACAUACCUUCAUCAUCAAUGGCUUUGUAA